UCAAAUUUUGUUUUCAAGUCCUGGUUGCCUGAUUUUAGCGUGCAGAGUGUGGAAGUCAAUGGCAGACGAAAGUGCAACAACUGAUUCUGAAACAAGUCCUCAAUUGAGCCUCACGAUUAAAGUGAUUUUCAUUUUGGCCUCGUCUGUUACCAUCCUGGUGUCUGUGAUUGGAAACUCAUUAGUGAUCUACAUCGUAUUCAAGAACCAAACCAAGAGAACAUCAACCAACUGUCUAAUAGUGAGCUUAGCUAUAAGUGAUGUUUUAAUAACUAUGAUUCAGGCUCCCUUAUUAAUUUUAUACCUUUGCAUUGGAGAUGAAGCGAAUGGCUGUUACCUGGGAAAUGUUUCUGACAUUUCUCGUAGAAUGUUGGCGUUCGGAGUUUCUAUAUUACUUUAUUCCUCAAUUUUCAACAUGGUUACCAUCGCCAUCGAUCGAUUUCUAGCCGUCAUCCGACCACUGACAUACAAAGUCUCAUCAAAAUGGCUGGUGAAAGUAGGAAUUCCUCUCGUAUGGUUGAGUUCAUGUUUGCUAUCACUAGAGGGUGUGUUGACACUACAAGAUGGGAACGCUGAAUCAUCAAGUGGAAGAAGCCGUUUUGCACUGUUUUCGUCCUUAGUAUUUUUGGUCAUCUCGUUGAUCGCGUUGAUUGUCCUCUAUUCUGUAAUUUGUUAUCGUCUUUGGAGAAGAAGCAUUCCUGGCGAAGUUUCCAGUAAUCAGCAAGCACUUGCUACUCGUACAGCACGGAAGGUCACCAUAUUAAUGAUUUUCAUUGUAGCCGUGUUUUUUCUUUCAUGGGCACCAAUUUUUAUGUCUAUGCUCGCAGAAGUAAUUGAGAUUAAUUUCGCUUAUGAGUCAAUCAUGAGAGAAUAUCCAUUUUUAACUGCUAUAAGUUUCUGGUUAGUCGUAAACAACAGUGCUUGUAACUCGUGUUUGUAUUUCCUAUUUAUCGAAAGCUUCCGUCAAGGUCUAAAAUUAUUAUGUUCAAAUUGUCGACCUCCUCGGUUAAGACUACGUAGGUUUCGAUGGAAGUACGAAACAGGAGAACGAAUUAGAAACAGGCAAGCUGUGAACGUUCUGAAUCCGGAGGAAAGGGCUGUUGAAUUGAGGACAUUCUGUAAUACCCACAUUACACAAGUUACACCUCUUCAAUAGUAGAACAUAAAGUUGAAAUUGUGCAUCAAUUUCUUAUGUGCGCAGUCCGCUCCAUUUUACUUCAUCUAACAUGAAAAACAUUUAUCGUCCCUCGUAAAAUCAUGUCAACCGUCUAUAUCUGGUUGAGCAUUUUGAUUUUGUCUGUCUAAAUAAAAUGACGAACUAGUCCACAAAGGCAUAUGUGUUAGACUGUAACAAGUAAGAUCAAAAGAUUGUUCUUUUUAUAAUAAGUGACUGAAUUCAGUUCGUGACAAGACUUGAGAGAGUCAUCGAGCAGAAAAAUUCAGGGUGAAAAUGUAGCAGUAAAUACUGAGAAUGCUAUUUAAAAUUCAGGGAUUGCUUAUCAUGACGAAUGAAACAAGAACCUCAGUAAAAAGGAAUUGUAAUCAUUUACAUUUUACAACGAUGAAAAUAGGGUAAGUAGCACAUAGAGGUUUAAUAAAUGAGAGCUAUUGUGUCUGUGUGUGUGUGUCAAGAAGACCUGAUCCGGCAAUAAAGAGCUUCGUAAGUUUGUAAUAUAAUGCAGUGUAUUUUAGAGUAUGUAAUGUAUUCCUAAAACCAAGAACGUUGGUGGAAAUUGCUGUGACUUUAAGCCAUCUGAUUUUGCCGCGAACAAAUCAAUUUUGUUCCAAUCCUGGUUCUCUCGAGGUUAGGCGCUCGAGAAAGUUGUUUUUAUCGUACUUCAGGGCUUGCUGUACAAAACACAGAUUGAACAACUACAACAACGGAGACAAUGAAGCUCAUAUAACACAUUCAUUGUUAAGGACGCGAAAUCAUUUCCUCAAGAUUUCUGCUCAGGCACUCUCAGCGUUGGAGGCUUGCUACAAGUUUUGAAAAAUACCAUUUAGUUAAUGAUUAUUUCGUUCCCUGAUUGAUUUCAGAGACUUAUCCUAACU